CGCCUUUUGCGCACGGAUUUUAAAAGAGUUCCUCAUACUGGCGGAUUUUUUCAAUUGAUUUCCAGAGGCGAAGUCGACAUCAGCUGAAUUAGUUCAUUCUCUUACUCAUUUGGAGGGAAAAGUUAGUGGAUUAGCUGCACAGUGUUAUCAGGGAUUCGUAACUCAGGGAAUAUGACUUGCCAUAAAAAAGCCAACAUGAAGGUUCCCAGCUAUGAGCCGUCAUGGCCCAACACUGUAGGUAAAAGCUCUGCUGUAGACUGCAAAGUAAUGCAGCUCCAUGCCUCCCCAGUUAAGGAGCCUAUUGUUUUCAAAGCCCCUUUACCCACUGUGGAUGUGACCACAGUGCACUCCCAAAACGACUACACAAGAGCUGUCCACAACAAGGAAAAUGCUGUUAGCAGGGACCAUGACAAAACACUGGACCAAGGUCUGGAGGACAGUGGUUAUCUCUCUCUGCACAACAGUCGCAUCGAAGAAGAGGAUGACAAACAUGUUACACCCAAACCAUCUCCAAUCAAAUGUCAAGAGACAAACACAUCUCAGUCUCUCUUCACUCCGACAGACUUUCAUAAGAAGAGAAAUGUCACAUGCUCAAUGUCGUCCACACCUGCUGACCACCUCCAUAACUCCAAACUGCCAAUACUAAAUUUUAAUCAGGUCGUGUGCGAGAAACUCUCAAAAAGCUUUCAAAAGAAUAAAAGGUAUGACUGGAGCAUCAUCUCAAAGGUAGCAGAAGAUCACAAUUUAGAUCGGGUAAUUGGAGGUCAUAUGGGCGUCGACCAUAUAGAUAUGUUUUCAUCUUUGCUGUCCAGAAACAUGAGAUGCAUUCUGGCUCAGAUUCUGGCCUUGCUUGGAGACAUGGACCUUAUCAGUUGCAGGAAAGUGAGUAAGACAUGGAGAAAAAUCAUCCAUGAAGAUUCAACAGCUCUGAAGAGAUGUCAGCAAUUGGAGAAGGAGUCUGAACUCUCUCAGAGAUUGGCCUCUGGUCUAACCAGAGAUGUGGGUGUAUCCAGAGUCGUCCUGUCCAGUAUGCAGCGUUUGGCCUCCUCCAGCUCAUCCUCUCAGCUCUCCCCUGCACCACUCCAAAGCUUCAGAAAUAAAGGAAAUUCAUCAUCAAAUGCCCAAACACCAAACUGUACACGCUUCAGUCAAUAUGUAGAGGCUGCUAGCACUCUGAAGCAGUAUGAGUCCCUGCGUCCCUGUAAACGCUGUGGUUCCCCAGCGACACACUCACGAGUGGCUCAGAGGGCGACAUGCACCAGGUCCAGUUGUCUGUUCGACUUCUGCACGGGCUGUCAGGAGGCCUUUCAUGGCUCCACGCCCUGCAGGGUGGUGCAGCCGCGUUCACACACAUCCAAAAGCUCCACUCUUCUCCCAGGAAGUGCCAGAAGCAAGAGAAAUGUCCGGCGCCUGUGAAAGAACUGAUGGAUGAAAAUGUGCUUUUAGACAAAUCUCACUUGGAACUUGUCCGGCAAGCUUUCUAAUACUGAAGACUGUUGCCAAAGUACAGCGUUAAAAUGAGUCUAAGAUCCAUUUCAAAACAUUCAUGGACUUCUCAAACAAAGACUGAAAAAGCACUUUCUUAGACAAUCAAUAAAUGUGAAUACUCCUAGUGAGUAAUGGACUUUCCUAAAAAGAUUUUAACUGAAAAAAGAAAAUGCAGACCAAUUCUUGUUGCUAUAUAUUUUAUUACUACAUGUAAAUAAGUUUUAUAUGGUUUUAUCCAUUUUAAAUAAAUCUUGAUGUCUGUUUCUACUAUAUUUAUACUUUGUGUAAAUACAGAUCUUUCACAUACUGA